UCAACUAAAUUCUCUUAACUACACAUAUUUCUUUGCAAAAUCAAUUUGUUAUUAUGGUUUUUGCUGUUUUUGUAAAUUUAAUGUCAACAAAAAUACUCAGGCGCCAUCUGCUGGUGAUGACUACAAAUUUUUGUACAAAACGAACAACAAAAAACUAACAAAUAUCGAGCGAUGGGCGCAGAAUUUAUUUCAUAAAAAAAAGAGAAUUUGACUAAAAUAUAAUAAUUUUAAUACACAAGUCAACAUCCAGUGUGUGAUAUGCACGAUCCAGAUUUGGAAGCGAAUGCGGAUAGCGUCAACUAUCUAAUAACACAACUAUGUAGGAAUCUUGCAGAGCAAUACGGGUUGGAGGAGCCUGAAUGCAGCACAGCUGUGCAAGAAUUGAAAUCAACUGCUUUUGAAAUUUUGCUGAAAAAAUCAACAGAACCACAUGUAUUCACCUCAACGGAUGAUGCAGCGGAGUUUGAUCCACAACGUGCAGUUGAUAUGCAAAUAUUUGCCGCCAAAUUGCAUUCGCGUGCUGAUCCUCAAGUGUGUGCGCGAUAUGCAGCACUUGAAGAACAGAUGGCCAACAUUAGCGAUGAGCCAUACUUUAUGGAGGGACCGGGGCGUAGUGUGCUACAGCUGUUGCUGGCAUUGCAAGGGGAUGUGCGCGGGGAGGAACAAGUGCCUGUGCCAAGUCCACCAGCGCUGCUGGUGCCUGGACCGUUUACCCUCCACGCCAACUACGAAAAUAACCGUUAUUACCCAAGACCACAAACCUUCGAUUGGUUGGUUCCCGAACCGCGUUUCUUUAAAGGUGUAAAGCACAGCGAAACAUUGGAUAAUCCAUAUUUACCAAAAUACUUACUGCAUGAAGAAUGUAAUUUUUUAGCGAAAAUGGACCAAAAAUAUGCUGCCAACUUGAUGCCUAAACAAGCAACACCACAGGAUUGCACUUUUACCGCGAUGACGCGUCGUUUGCUCGGCUCAACUGUGCGUAUGAGUGUGAAUAUUUUUCGUGCGCCGGUCGACAGUAAAGCCCAAGCAUUUAAGGAUGUUGAUAUGCAAAAUAGGCGAAAGUUAAAAUUAAUAACUUCCAAUGCUCGUCAUACGCCACCUGUGGUGCAAAAUGUGCCACAUCGUAAAGCGGAGCCACGCAUUUUAUCAUGGAAUUGGCAAAGUUUGAGCUGUCGUGGUGUGAUACGUCAACGUCCGUUCGCUAGUGAGGCCGAAAUGAUGCUUGAUCUCAAGUGUCAUAUGCUGCAGAUGCGCGGCUGUGAGUUCGAGACAAAUAUUAUGACUUGUGCGGACUUUUUGCACGACCUGAAAGCGCUCACCGCGGGCAUACAAUCAGAUACCUUUCAGCAUGACGAUCAUAUGGUAUUUAACAUGCAACCGAACAUCACUGUGGAGGGUUUGCUGCCAGAGACGGUGAGGAGUUAUGCCGUUAGCUUUUUGGAGUGCGGCACCUGCUACAAACGCCUGCAGACAAUGAUACAGAAAAAAGACUACAAAUUGAUGUUUGAAGGCUUCAUAUUUCGUGCUCUAUGUAGCGCUAUCGACGAGUACUUGCUCACGUUUCGCCAGUAUGUGUUUGCCAAGGAAGAUGACACGUUGAUUGCCUACUAUGCGCGCAUGCGCAAAAUUAUGCGUCAAAUAAGUAAUUUAUCCUUUACGCUGGUCAUACAUACCGAUGUGGCCGCACAUGUCACACUCCCGAUGGGCUCACAGUUUCUCGGCUACUUAUAUCGCGAAAUUGUGCAUACAACCGAGAAGGAUUAUAUAAUGCUACUGGUUUACAUGCUGAAGUCCUGUUGUCAUGUUUAUUUCAAACAUUUGCAGAAAUGGAUCUACUAUGGUCUAUUGGAUGAUCCCUGCAGUGAGUUGUUUAUAUGUUUCGUGGAUCACUACCGUCCCAACACGAAAUAUUUUUAUGAUAAAGCUUAUUUUGUGCGUAAAGAGUCUGUGCCGGGCUUCUUCCAGGGCUAUGAGGAUGAUAUCUUGCAGUGCGGCAAGUACACGAUGCUGCUGAAAGCCUACAAACCGAAUCACCCGUUUUUUACACUCGACUAUCCACUCAUAUCGGUUUGUCUCUCUUAUGAGGAAAUUCAGCGUCUGAAAAAGAAGUGCAUACUAUAUAGAGAACGUGCAGAAGCGGCUUGUGGCUCUUCGAAUGUAAGCAUUCGCCAGAUAUUUGAGGCGCGUGCCGCUAAAAAGCGUGAUUUCUAUAAGCGCGCAUGCCAGCGUACUCGUGACAACCUCGAUAAAUGGUCGAUAGAGCAACAUAAUCUCGCCGUGUUAGUUGCCGAGCAGAAGAAGCGCCGCUUAGACGAAUUAACCACGCAACUUCAAGAUGCCAAGCAGCGUAAAAUUGAUGAGCGGCGCACUAAUGUUGAGUUGGAGUUGCGUUUACUACGCGAAACGGAGAAAUUGGAGGAGCAACAUUUGUUGCGAGAAAAUAUAAAUCUGCGCAAACGCAUUGAGUAUUAUCAAGAACUAAGCGAUAUGAUUCGCACUGAUGCGGGGGCUAAGCCGGUAGUUGCAACAAAUGCGCCAGCUGUGGCACAGGUACAACCCUCAAAAUUCAGUCCGCAGAGUGAUGGUAGCGGCGAACAUAGCGCGCAUGCGCCACCAACAUCUGGCAGCGGCGGCACAGAUACGGAUUUUGAGUCGUGCUGCGGUGAGGACGAGAAAGAUACUGAUGCUUAUGCAGACGCAGACGCAGACGCCGACUCAGCUUCGCUAUACGCCGAGUGUUUGUCCGAGGAAUUCGUGCAGAAAUUUGAAGAAAAUGAAAAUGAGCUGAAGGCGCUUUGUGUAGCAGAGAGAGCUGAGCAAGACGCUGAUGGAGAGACUGCAGAUAAGACGCUUGUAACGUUGAACGCGCCGCAGAUGUGCAGCUCAGAUACAAGCUUGAAGAGCGCCUUGGAUUUUACGGUAUCCAAAACCUCGACGUUACUGCCGAAUCCAUCUAAUAUGACUUUUUUGAAACGCAGCGUCUCAGAUGUAAUCAACUCAAAUGAGCUACCUUGCGCCAGUGUCACACAAAAUGUCAGCAGCACUACAGUCACCAUCGUACCUGCUGCGCGUACUGAAACAUUCACGCCACAGAUAAGUAGUACCACCGUGACUAUAGGUGCCGCUCCGGUCACAAAUGAGACACUGACAGAGGCUCAACGCAACAAGUUACGUGUACUUACGCAUGAGUUUGGUACGUACAGCGCAAGCGCGCUGCCGGAUAUCAACUUGAACACAUUACCGGAAAGCGAAUUGACGGACUUGCAGCGUAAUCGCCGACGCAUGAUGCAAAAUGAUCUCUUUGCGGAGUACAAUAAGAGUCCGCUAGCCGACCGCGCGCAGCUCAAUCUCAACUUGGACACUGAGCGCGCACGCAAUCGCCGACGUGUAUUAGAGAGUGAAUUCAAUAUACUCACCGGGCUAACUCCCUCCACAACCACAUUCACUGUAGAGCAGGUGGCAACACCAAUGUCCACCACUUCCGAUACACCGCUCACAGAGCAGGCAGCUGAAUUUACAGCCGCGGAGGUGAAGAAAUAUGAUAUUGCCAACGGUAAUGUUUCGUCGAAGACACAAUUGAAAAUUAAUGUGGAUCUCGCGAAUGAACAGUCAGUACAAGUAGCUGAGGGAGAGCAGUCUGUGGUUAGUUUGCUUGGUUCUCAAACUGCCCGCACACAAGAUGUCUCAGAGACACCGGAAUGCGCCUUAAACACUGCCGGCUUGCAGGCCAAGCAAGGGUUUGAUUUUAUAGACGCGGAACGUUUGAGAAAACAACAACAGACCGCCCCCACAGAGGCGCCCAUCCAACUGGACUCAAUGUCCAUAGUAACCGACGCUGAUGAAGAGGAGGAUAACGACGCCUUACUGCCGCCCGACUACAGUGACCCUUACAAGCGCAGCAGGGAACUGCUUGCGAGCAAUUUUACCUGCGCUACAUUAAGUCCGUACAUACGCUUGAAUAUGAGCAAGACGCCCAUGAUUGUGGCAGGUAAGAAGUCGCGCGAAUCGCUGCAGCAACUGAAGGUGAACAGCAUGAGCGUUAUAACGCUGACGGAAUUUAUGCAGAAAUCUGUCAUACUACCAAUGACCACACACCUCGGUUUGGUGAAUAAUGAAGUGAUGCGCUUGUUUCUCGAUGAGUUGAAGAUUUUGGAUCAUUUACGCAGCUUGAGACAUUACUUUUUCCUUAUGGACGGAGAGUUCGGUUCGAUUAUUGGCGAUGGUAUUAUUGGCAAACUGGAGAGCGGCGCUACGCCGGUAAAAUUGCUCAACUAUCAAAUGCUACAUUCUAUACUCGACACUGCGCUAGGCUCAAGCAUAACAGGCAAUGACAAAAACGCAGAGAAUCUCUCGUUCACCAUCAGCGAUAUGCCACAGAAAUUUGAACUCGCCAAUCCGGGCGUUUUGAAUGUACUUAGUUUGAGUUAUCGCGUUGAAUGGCCACUGAAUCUAAUACUCAAUCCCGAAACGCUCGAACAGUAUGGCAACAUUUUCAAGUAUCUGAUCAAAGUGCGCCGCAUCAGUUGGGUGCUGGAGCGUGCCUAUCAAAUACUCAAGGAGGCGUUGAAAAAGCAUGGCAAACAGAUACUCCAAUCGCCACAGUAUCGCCAUAUCCAAUUGAUGCGGCACAAGUUCUAUCAUUUUGUGCAUGCCUUGCAAAAUCAUAUCACCGCCAAUGCAUUACAAGCCUCAUGGAAGACCUUCAAAGAUGAUCUACUGCAGGCCAAAUCCAUUGAGGAUAUCUAUCGCAAGCAUACCACCUAUGUGAAGCGUAUACUCUUUCUCUGCAUGCUGAAUCGCCAUAGCGCUGAGUUCAAUAAUACUAUCGAGAAUAUUUUCAAAAUAUCGUUACGGUUCUAUAACAAUUUAAAAUCGCGCGAGUUCAAACAGCGCGCUGGCGAUGAAUACUUUACACACUCGCGUUAUGAGAAAUUAUCCAAUGAUGAGCAGGAAUUCGAUAAAUUGAUUAAAUUCACCAUAUAUCUGGGUAAUAAGAUUGUGCGUCAUGGCUAUCAGGAGGAGAUUGGCCAGCUGAUUGCCUUGAUUAAUUUUAAUCAGUACUAUAGCGCAAGCACCAUACCUUAAAGCGUUAAAUGAAUAAAAAGUUUGCUUUAAAUGUCUUAGAUAUAUAAACGCUGAAUUUAAUUUUAAAACUCGAAUUUGAAAUGUUACUAUGUAUUAAUUUUAUUGUAUUAUUAGUUAAAAAAAAUCGUUGUAUUAAUUAAUAAUAAAUAAUACUGCUUCGUGUUUAAUUGAGAG